AUGUCUCAAUCCGAUUCCGGCGUGACCAACACCACCACCGAGAAGGGAGGAAGCGCCGCGCCCGACGUGAUCAAAGUGCUCGAGGGGCACCUGUCCCCCGACCCCCUUCGCGAUCAUGAACCAUGGGCGCCUCGCUCUAAGAUGGAGGCGCCUAAGAAGGCGAAAUCUGGCCCAUCCCCGUCUGAGCCCAUCGAAGCAGAGGCGCCGACAGCUACGACAGCCUCGAACGCGCCCGCGGCGGCCAAGGCCUCGAAGACGCCUGCAACCUCUACUCCUGCGCCCUCCUACACCAACCAGGGUAAUUUUCCUUUUCCCUUUCCUCUCUGA